AUGGAAACAAGAUUAUUUGGCAAUGCAUCACGGGACGAGGCAGAUCGUCCCGGAUAUUACGGUAAAACACUCCUGCGGGGCGUUGCAAAUCGGAAGAAUGCAGCCCCCAGGAAGCAAAAGCUUAACAAGACAAACUACAAGUCAAGGUCCAAACCGACGCACCUCUCUCCAGGUGCGUCGUUGUACGACAUCAGCAAUCCCCUGCCCUUUGGCCGUCAAUUGCUCCCUAAACGCCUGGCACCACAUCAGCUCCAUGGCGGCUUCUCCAGUCGCCAUGUUGAUCUCUCGAUAGUGCUCUUCGACCACGGUCAGAGGCACGGCGAGCAGGUCGGGCUGGACGCUGCGUUCCAGCGCAAAAUCUAA